AGUAGUUAAGUUUAGUUAACUAGUGAAUGAUGGGACAGCAUGUCUCGAGAACAGAUUUUGAGUGGACGACCGACGAUCAACCCCAUAACUCUAGAAGAGCUGCGAUUUUGAAGAAAUAUCCAGAAAUCAAACAGUUGUUCGGCCAUGAUCCAAAUUUCAAGUGGAUAUGUACGGCUAUGGUAUUUACUCAAAUAGCAUCACUUUACUUCCUUCAAGAUAAAUCAUGGCCUGUGCUAAUAAUAGUAGGAUACUGCUUUGGUGGAGUCAUAAAUCAUUGUUUAGCUUUAGCUUUACAUGACAUCUCCCAUAAUGUAAUUUUCGGUAACUCUAGAUAUUUGGCUAAUCGAUUCUUUGGGAUCUUUGUGAACCUUCCUAUUGGCUUACCAAUAUCAAUAUCCUUUAAAAAGUAUCACACAGAUCAUCAUAGAUAUCAAGGAUUUGAAGGUUUAGAUGCAGACGUACCUACAGAUUUUGAAGCUCAUCUCUUCUGUACAACAUUUGGAAAAUUCUGUUGGAUUUUGUUGCAGCCAUUCUUUUUUUGUUUACGUCCAUUGUUUAUAAAACCUCAACCAAUAGUUAAGCUAGAAAUUGUUAAUGCAAUAAUUCAAAUAAUUUUUGAUGUGAUUAUAAUUUACAUUUUUGGAUGGAAAAUGUUGGCUUAUCUUAUCAUUGGAACACUUUUGACUAUGGGAUUACAUCCUCUCGCUGGUCAUUUCAUAAGUGAACAUUACAUGUUUCAUAAAGGAACUUCAACUGCUUCAUAUUAUGGACCUCUGAAUUGGAUUACAUAUAAUGUUGGAUAUCAUAAUGAGCACCACGAUUUUCCAUCAAUUCCUGGAUUUCGAUUGCCACUUGUCAAGAAAAUUGCCGCUGAAUUCUACGAUAAUUUACCUCAACAUCAUUCAUGGACUAAAGUUAUUUAUGACUUCAUAUUUGAUCCUGCAAUGGGUCCUUAUGCUCGCGUUAAACGAAAACCUAAAGUUUCUUAAAAAAAUUAACAAUGCGUUUGUUUUAUUAUUUACUGAGAAAAUAAUUUUCCUCCAUCAAUUUGACACGUACUUAGCAUCUAAAUGAUUUAUGUUUAAUUAAUUCUUCGUUAAUCUUAUUAUAACAAAUAAUGACAGGAUUUUAUAAAAAUAUUUGUAGGAAAAGAGUGAGUGCAAAAGCUUGAUAUGAAAAAAGACCUAAAAAAGUAUACAUGAAUUCAUAAAAGUUCAGAAUGGAAUAUAUUCAGUCAGACCACUAGAAAACUAUUAUUAAAGUUAAUUUUCGACACGAACAUUGUAUCUACUUAAACAAUCUAAAUGUAUUAACAUGUGUAACCCGAGAGUGAAUCAUCAUUAGGUUCUUUUUUCCAUACAGACAAAACGCAUGAUAAAGUGUGAACAUUCACUAAACAAUUUUGAAUAGAAACUGUUUUGAAGUAUAAGCUGUAAAGGCUGAUCCAAUAAACAAAGCAUUUUCAGGAAAAAAAUAUUGUAAAUUUCAAAUAAAAAUGAAAAUGAACAUCCAUACGAAUUGUCAUCGCUAAUUUAUAAUUUUAAGUGGUUCGAGUUUGUAUGGUUUUAGAAGUAUUUUGGUAGACUCCAAAUGUAUAUGUAUGCUGACUCAAAACCUUGCAAAUGUUUCAAUUUACAAGGAAAGGCAAUAAAAGUGUCUGUUUACAGCAAUGUACUGAACUACAUAUUCGUGUCUAUUCUGACAUACAGCAGCUAAAAUUAGCUUAUUAACAUUUUAUUAAAAACUAAAGCUUAAUGGAAUCAAAGGCAGUUAAUAUUUAAUUUUCAUUUCAAAAUAUG